UUAACGAAAUGGAAAAAGAUCUGACUGUAGAAUCGAAGGAAGUCCCUGAAGUACUUGAAAAACCCCUUGGGGAGCCUCUUAAUUUGGUCGUAAAUAAUUCCGAAACAAAUACCAACAUAUACGAGCCCGAGCAGAAGCAUCUUGUUGAAACUACCUCAGACGUGAUUUCUGAUGCGCAACCAAGCACCUCGCUCGAAGAACCUCAGCCUAAUCAAUUAUCACAAGAGCAUACUAAUCCGGUAUAUGUGGAAUCUCCUAAAUCGCACGAAAAUUCCGAGACAGUUGAAUCUCAGAAACAGAUCAAUAUCCCGGAACAACUUGAACAAGAUAAGUCAAGUAUUCCGAAGAAUGAGAUCGUAAGAGUACCUGAAUCCAUAGAAAUUCCACAACCACCGCCCUCAAAUCAGCCAGACAUUGAGUCAACUCCUGAAGUUGGAAAGAAUGACGAAAAUCCAGUGGAUAAUUCCAUGGUAACCGACGCUCCUUCACAAUCGCCAAUCGCGGCAAAUCCCGGUUCUCAAGUAGAAUUUAAUACCGCUAUGGCAAAGGUGAAAGAGAUUGCCGCUAAAUUAGGAGUUAAACCAACAGUUGAAUCCACGAGUCCUCAAAACCAUAAUAACAGUACUGCAACUCAACAGGGAGUUAAACGUUCUCAUGAUGACAGUUAUAGUUCUCAUGGUUCUAGAGACAGUCGUGACGAAUAUCGGGAUGAAUAUCGAAGGGAUUCUUACAAUAGACGGGAACGAGGAAAUCGGUAUGAUGAUUAUGGAAGAGAAUCUAAACGAACUGCAUAUGAUGUUGACAAUGGUGGUCGGCAUCGUUAUGGUCUGGGAAGUGAGGAGAGACGAUCUUACCACGGCUCGCAUUAUGGGCCAGGCGGCGAUUCAUCCCGUUCAACUACUCACGAAGAAUUUAAAGUCCCUAAUGCCGUUGUAGGAUUGGUAAUUGGUCGUGGUGGUGAAAAUUUGAAAAGAAUUGAAAAACAAACUGGCGCGAGGAUUCAAUUUUCGCAAGAUCAACCUCCUGACGUUGUAGAAAGACGAGUCACCAUUACCGGUACUCAAGAAGACGUUAAGAGCGCCAAAGCAAUGGUUCAACAGCUGGUGGAAGAUGCUAUUAAUGGAAAUUCUACUAGUCGUCGGGAUUCACAAGGCUUUAAUCGAUCAAUCACGAUUCACAUUCCAAGCAGUAAAGUAGGUGUUGUCAUCGGACGUGGUGGGGAGACCAUUCGAGAUUUACAAGAUCGAAGUGGUGCUCGUAUAAAUGUUACCCCGGAUAGUGCAGCCAGUCCCCAAUCUAACGAUCGACCCGUUACUUUGAUUGGUGAUGAGUCUGCCGUACAGAGGGCGAAGGCUUUGAUAGACGAGAUUGUGAAUACUGGCGAAUCGUCAUUGUCUGACAGACAUUCUAAAGAUUAUCGAUCCAAUAGCUAUAGUGGGGCAAGCACUUAUAGUAAUGACAGUCAUGGCAGCAAUUAUGGUGGUGGUGGCGGUCAUUAUGGACCACCCUCUGGUCAUUAUGGUGGCCCUCCGGGAGGUAAGUCUAGUCAGGAUGGCAUCACCAUUCAAGUUCCAAAUGAUUCUGUCGGUCUCAUCAUCGGAAAAGGUGGAGAAACGGUAAGAGCUCUUCAACAGCAGUCAGGUGCCAGGAUACAAAUUGAGCCCGUACACGGUGUGCCACCAGCUGAACGUAAUGUACAGAUCACCGGUUCUUCUGAAAAUAUUGCUAUCGCGAAACAAUUGAUUCUUGAAAAAGCUGCAUCUGGAAAUGAUUAUUCUAGUGCACAUUUUGUUGAUGACGAUGCUCGCGAGAGGCCAUCACGUCAUGGAGAUCAAGGAAGAGGAGACUACGGCUCAGGGAAUUAUCAACAAAGCUCUUAUCAGCAAG